AGGUCGUUGUCCAAAUUGUUCUCUCCCUCACGUAUUGUGACUCGUGAGCCCUCACCAGCCCUCAUUGAUAAUGUUCUACUGAUGACUUCAUCUCUCGUUGUCUCGUGCAGAUCUACUUUUUUUAUCCAUGAGUGCGACUCAAGAAAAGUUCGGAUCUGUUUAUCCGGGGCUACAGCGUGAAGACUUAGGGCGGAAAAACGUGGUAUGUUCGUAUCCUCUGGUAAGCAGCGUGCGGUCUGGGGGCAAAUUCUUGAUUCGCCAUGUUUCGAAUACUUCCCUGUUGUAUCUGUAUAAGAUAUAUUUUGCCGUACUGUUCUUUGUACUGUCCUAGGACUAGCAUGCUCGAGAAGGGCCCGAAUUCUAGUAGAGCGGCCGAAAUGGAGCGCUCUUGUGACCUCCUGUGGAGUCACCCCGCUUAUGAUGGACUUGUUGAAGCCUCAAAAUGGCGUCAUGAGGGCACAAUGUCCGCGUUGUCCACCGCUUAUGAGACACUUACUUAUGUAUGGGCGCAUUAGCAUAUUCUGCACCUUUUGGAACAAACGUCACUGUCUGGGAUCAACACGGCAACGAUCAUCAGCACGGGGUUUGAAGUGAAGUUUCGGCACCGGGAUCAUCCUUCUCUUCUCACCUUCCACUGACCGCUCUACUUCUCGAGCACGCCGUACUGCUCCACGUUCAUGGGCUGUUCUCAUGUGUUGCGAGCGAUAUGGGUCCCUUCUUGACUGGCGCCAUCUCUUUCGGCACCCGCGGAUAUGACGCCCGUGGCAACUCGGGCGCAAAGCGAACGACCCUCGCGACUCGACUCGCGUGCUGGUGCAUAUGGGAGGGAGAUUUCACAUGCUCAUGCGCUGGGCCGUGGCGUCUAUCCAGUUCAACGAGAGCGACCGAGCAUAUGACGCGAAGAGCGCCAUCGACAACCACACUCGUAUAAAUGCGGACGUUCUCCAGGGUAGGAGUCCCAAGGUCCCAUCUCGGUAUCCUCCCAGCUUCUCGCACAAGCAACGUUCAAAAUGGUCUUCGCCUCUGCCCUCGUCUCGCUCCUCCUCGCCGCAGCUGCUCUCGCAGCCCCGCGCAGCAACGUCGAAGGCCGCCAGGCCCGCCGCCGCAUGUCCGGCCCGCGUCUCCCGACCGAGGGCCCCCACGCGAACUUGAUCUCCAACGCGACCUCCCACGUCGCGUACAGCCAGAACUGGGCCGGCGCCAGCCUCGAGAGCCCCUCGGGCACGUACACGUCCGUCACCGGCACGUUCACCGUCCCGACGCCCCGCUCUGCCGGCGGGUCGGGCAGCUCCGCGGCCUCGGCGUGGGUCGGCAUCGACGGCGACACCUGCUCGAGCGGCAUCAUGCAGACUGGCAUCGACUUCAACGUCGACAACGGCCGGGUCUCGUUCGAUGCCUGGUACGAGUUCUACCCCGCGUUUGCGAGCGACUUCUCCGGGUUCUCCGUCAGCGCGGGCGACGUGAUCACCCUCGUCGCGACCAAGACGUCAUCGACUUCCGGCCAUGUGUCGAUCACGAACGAGUCCACCGGCCGCAGCGUGUCCAAGACGCUCUCGGGCAGCGGCAGACUGUGUGGGGAGAACGCGGAGUGGAUCGUCGAGGACUUUGAGCAGGGAAACUCGCUCGUGCCGUUCGCCAACUUCGGCACUGUCACGUUCACGAACGCCAGGGCGACGCUCGCGUCGGGUGGAACGGUCGGACCGAGUGGCGCGCAGCUGCUUGACAUUGAGCAGAACAGCGUGCUUACGUCCGUCAGCGCGUCUGGCAGCUCUGUGACCGUUCGGUACGUUUGAGCGCGGAGAUGCAAUGAGGGGCACGUAGUCUUUACUUUCCUGUAAGGAUUAUGAAGUGUCCUGGUCACAAGACCCAAUCGAUCGGAAUAUAUUCUAUUGUCGAGAAACA